CUCCUCCCUUUACCAUUGCCGUUGCCGGAGAUCGAAGGUUAGGGUUUGGGUUUGGGAUUUAGUGUUGGGAUUUUAGGGAUUUUGCUGGAUUUUGUGGUGAUCGAAGGGCAAAAGGGAGGGUGGUUGGGGCAGCGCCGGCAUUGAGGGAGGAGAAAGGGGUUUGGGCGCCAGCUGGCGCUCGGUGGGAAGGAGGUUGGGCUGGCAGUGUGUGGCAGGGCGCUAACUGUGGGUGGCUGGGAAGUUUAGUUUUUCUUUAUAUAUUUAUUUAUGUAUUUUUUAAUUUUUUUUAAACCAAUCAUUCGCUGACACGUGUUUUGUAACCUAUAAUAUUAGGGUGGAUGACCGAUUGAAAGUGUUAUGAGCAGACGGAGUAUAAAGUUCGGAUUAACAAAAAAUAAUCUAAAAUUAGGAUAAAUUUGGACGGAUGAGACAAAGUUGAAAUUAAUCAUGCCAAUUUUCCUUUUUUUUUUUUUUUUUUUUUUUUUUUUUUUGAACCUUGAUAGUUGCGUAUAAAUACCUUCAUUCAAAACCAAAAAUUCUCCCUCAAUAACAAAUGUCAUUCAACCCUUUGAAGUCCUCUGCGACUUCAGCAGCAGUUUCAUGGAAAUCAACGGGCAAGCUUCAAAAAACACUAUCUAGAUGCAUAGAAAAGCAUGGCAUUGGCCUACACUCAGGCAGAUCAACCAAGGUCAAGUUAUGGCCGGAGUUAGCCAAAAAAGGGAGGUAUUUCAAAGUGGGUAAUAAUUUAAUUGAAACUUCCAUUGAUUUUGUCAAAGAAUCGCCUCUUUGUACUUCGCUUUGUAAAGAUGGUGUUAAGGUUACUACUGUCGAGCAUCUGCUUUCAGCUUUGGAAGCAAUUGGGGUUGAUAAUUGCUGUAUUGAGCUCACCCCCACUAACCCGGAUGACCCUAUUGUUGAGGUACCCAUCUUGGAUGGUUCGGCAAGGGAGUGGGUGGAAGCAAUCGAACAAACUGGCUUAAAGGAUGCCACAGAUGAAGAGGGCAAUAGUUGUGAUAAGAUGGCACCAUAUGUCAACGUGCCUGUUCAUAUCAGGAGAAAAGACUCAUUCAUUGCAGCUUUUCCAUCCCAGGAGAUUCAUAUUAGUUACGGCAUCAAUUUUCCAGAGGUACCUUCGAUUGGUUGCCAGUGGUUUUUUUCAAAGAUUUUUAGCGGGUCUUUCUAUGCAACAGAGAUAGCUCAUGCCAGAACAUUUUGUGUUCAUGAAGAGGUGGAGAAGAUGCGUGAAAUGGGGCUUAUAAAAGGUGGUUCACUAGAAAAUGCUAUUGUUUGUAGUGCCUUGAAAGGUUGGUUAAAUUCACUACUGCGUUUCCAUGAUGAGCCUUGUCGCCAUAAAGUCUUGGAUCUUAUUGGUGAUCUCUCUAUCUUUGCAAAAUCUGGCAAUCAAGGGCUUCCUGUAGCACAUAUUGUUGCUUAUAAGGCUGGCCAUGCUUUGCAUGCAGAUCUUGUACGCUAUCUAAGCUGACCUCUUUCCAUUGUAGAGGUAAUUGAUUUCUAAACAACACUUGCUCAAUGAUUUGCUGAUGGAUUUGGCUUUCAUCCUGCAACUCCAUUUGAUCAGAAACUGUGAAAUAAAGAGCAUAUUGUUGGUAUAAGCCCCAAGACUUUACCAAUUUAGUUGCCAUCUGCAAUUAAUGGCAUGGUUGAUUUAUUUUUAAUCUUAUAUUAUUGUAGGAUCUCAUCUAAAGCAUGGAUCAAUAAACGUCUUUGAUACUAAUAGAAUGUUUUAUGGAGAUUGUCUGAACGUGGAGUAGCUACUGAUUUGUUAA